UAAGCAAAAUGUAUUAUAAAUAGAGGUUGAUUUCUUGAAACAUAAUAUAAUUGAGUCAUAAGAUUUAAAUAAAAAUAAUAAUAUAAUUGAGUCAUAACAAAAAAAAAAAGUUUGCUUUCGUAGGAUUCUAAGACGAUCGAAGAUGGCAAAAUGGAGUGCAAUAUUAGUGAUAAUGAUGUUGGUGAUUGUUGUGGUCGCAGUAGAAGCAAAAUUGAGUGGAAAAGCUUAUAUUCAAUGUUAUAGCAAGUGUUCAAAGUCUUGUAAAAUAAACAAAGGUAGUUGCUUUAGAAGUUGCAAAAUCAAAUGCGGUGGCCCAAACCCUCCCCAUAGUUCAUCACGAAGAACCUUACACGGGAUGGAAUUUGUGGAAGUUCUCGGAAGGAGAAAAUGAUAGAUAUACAUUUUGUCGUAGAUUUAUUGAUCAUGUCUACCAUUUUUCAACUUUUAUGUUUAUGUUAAAAACCUAAUAAAGAAUGAUUAAUGAUGAAAUGACAAAAUAGAAAAAAUUUCUAUUUUCACAGGCUGUUUAAGUCCCAAAGAUUAACCAAAAAAAUCUUAAAAGUUACAUACAAGAAAUAAGAGAUUAUUUAUAAUAGUA